AUGUCUCUGGUGGCCAAAGCCUCGGUGACGGUGGGCGUGCUCGGCUUUCUCGCCUACUGCGUCUACUUUGACCGCAAGCGCCGCAGUGCGCCAGACUACAAGGCCAAGGUCCUGGCGAAACGCAACGCCAACAAGAAGUCCUCGAAGAAGGGCAGCGAGCUGUUUGAUAUUCCCAUCUUCAAGGACCCCAGCGAGAUGCAGGCGUACUUCCUCACCCAGGUCCAGCUCAGCGACGACCUGAUGCAGGUGGGCAACUUCGAGGAGGCGGUCAUCCACCUGGCCAAUGCCGCGGUGGUCUGCUCACAGAAGAGCGAGUUCCUCGGCGUCAUGCAGAAGUCGCUGCCGCCGCAGGCCUUCCAAAUUCUGCUCAAGUACUACCAGGUUGCCAAUGAGAACUACAUUCAGAAGGUGCUGAAGGACCAGUCGCUGAACAUGGCGAAGCCGAGCAGCGCCACGAGCACCACCUCCUCCAAGCAGUUCAUCGAUGACACUGACAUCGAGUAG